AUGCAUCCCCUCGGCACCAGCGAGAAAGACGGCUACAAUACGCGAUUCGUGACCAUAGGAUCGCACUGCGGGACACACAUCGACGCCCCCUUCCAUUUCUUCGCGGACGCGAGACAGAAAAUAACAUGGGCGGAUUUGGCGGCCUACGCUGACCGGUUCCGCGUUGGAAAAAUUGUGUUGAUGAACACUGGCUGGUCAAAGUAUUGGGGGACGGAGGCAUACUAUAGUCACCCUUUUUUCGCACGUGAUGUUGCCGAAAAUCUUUUCAAGUUGGGGAUCACAGUGGUUGGGAUAGACACUCUGAACCCGGACGAGACGCCGUACGAAGGUGUGGGCGGAGAGGACGGGUUUGAGUUCCACAACGUAAUACUUGGUGGGGGUGGGGUCAUAGCAGAAAACCUGACAAACCUUUCGUCCCUCGUUGAGGGUGACGAUUGGGUGAUCAGCCUUAUCCCUCUUAAUCUGGAGGGAAGCGAUGGUUCACCAAUCAGAGUAUUUGCACGUCGAAAGUCAUGA